AUGUUCGAUCUGGCGACGCUGGAUACACGGCUGGGGCCCUCAGACGAUGUCAAAAGACGCGACGGUGUUAUCGCCAAAGCUGGACCGUCGCGAUGGAGAUCUCCCGAGUUCAUCGCAUACUACAUCAUUCACCUGAUUGCGCUGCCCAUCAUGUUCAAGGGUGCUUACGACGCGUCCAACCCACCCAAUCCCAACUACGAGCUCAUCAAGAAGGACCUGGAACCCGGCUGGAUUUUCGGACGAAAGGUGGACAACACAGACCACCAGUAUUCUGGUUUCAGAAACAACCUGCCGUACCUGGCUGCUGUGAUUGUGGCCCAGCAGCUGCUCAAGAAGCUGUUCAAGCUAUUCAGCAACGACAGCCGGUUUUUCGAUGUCGGCUUUGCAUUUGUGUUUCUGAUUGUGGCUCACGGGAUCUCCACAGUGAAGAUUCUUGCCAUCAUCAUUGCAAACUACUUGAUCGGAAGCAAGAUCUCAAACUCCAACGCAGGAACAAUUGCCACCUGGAUUUUUGGAAUCGCAAUCUUGUUCGCCAACGAAAAGGCGCUGGGAUACCCAUUCACCAAAUACUGUCCCCCUCUGGCAUUCCUGGAUGACUAUGCUGGUCUCAUGCCCAGAUGGGAUGUCACAUUCAACUUCAGCAUGCUUCGAAUGGUGUCGUUCAAUGUGGACCGAUACCGCGCAGUUGAUGGAACGACCGAACAAUGGCCAUUGGACACAAAGGGAGAAAUUGAUCUGUCGAAGUCCAAGACCGGAGAAGGAGAGAAGAGUACCUCCCUUACUGCUUCCGAUAUCAGCGAGCGAUCACGAAUUGAUAUCAGUCACUCACCAUCAACCUACUCCAUGUACAAUUACCUUCUCUAUAUGCUGUAUAGUCCUCUGUUUAUGGCGGGUCCUAUCAUGACAUUCAAUGACUUCAUCUUCCAGCACAAGAAGGGCCCUCUGGCUUCGCUAUCUUUUAAGCGAGUCUCCGUUUACGCCUUGCGACUGGUGUUUUGCAUCUUUGUCAUGGAAACCCUGUUACAUUACUGCUACGUAGUUGCCGUGAGUCAGGAGAAGGCCUGGGAUGGAGAUUCGGCUUUCCAGAUCUCCAUGAUCGGUUUCUUCAACCUGAACAUCAUCUGGCUCAAGCUACUGAUUCCUUGGAGACUGUUCCGACUAUGGUCCAUGGUUGACGGAAUUGAUCCUCCAGAAAACAUGGUUCGAUGCAUGGACAACAAUUUCUCCGCACUAUCAUUCUGGAGAGCUUGGCAUCGGUCUUUCAAUCGAUGGAUCAUUCGGUACGUGUACGGCCCCAUUGGAGGUUCUUCGCGACCUGUGCUCAACUCUCUUAUCGUCUUCUCUUUCGUGGCCAUCUGGCACGACAUUCAGCUUAGACUGCUUGUAUGGGGUUGGAUGGUGGUAUUCUUCAUCAUCCCCGAGUUGACCGCUACCUUCAUCUUCAAGCGUCCUCAGUUUACGAGCAAGUGGUGGUUCCGACACCUCUGUGCUGUUGGAGCAGCUCUCAACAUAUGGAUGAUGAUGAUUGCAAACCUGGUGGGCUUCUGUGUGGGUCUCGACGGCAUGGGAGACAUGCUCAGGCAAAUGUUUGGAACCCGAGACGGCAUCAUAUAUUGCAUUAGUGCCUCAUGCGCACUAUUCGUUGGCUCUCAGGUCAUGUUUGAGGUACGGGAGAGCGAGAAGCGGCGUGGGAUCAACAUCAGAUGCUGA